AUGGAGGAGGAGGCAAUGCAAAGCAAGGAAAAGGCAGGCCGAAGAAACGGGUGCAAUCCCGUUACGAAAGGUGGCCCUGUGUCUAUGGAUCAUGUGCUUUUGGCCCUGGGAGAGACCAAGGAACAGAGGGAGCUCAGAAUUCGUAGUCUCUUUAACUUCUUUGACACCGCAAGUAUUGGCUAUUUGGACUACACCCAGAUUGAGGCUGCCCUCUCUGCCCUCCAGAUACCCUCCGAGUACAAGUAUGCCAAGGAUUUGUUGAAUGUCUGCGAUGCCAAUCAAGAUGGCCGUGUCGAUUACCAAGAAUUUAAGCGCUACAUGGAUGAUAAAGAGCUCGAGCUCUAUUGCAUCUUUCAAGCCAUAGAUGUUGAACAUAAUGGUUGCAUUCUCCCUGAAGAGCUCUGGGAUGCACUUGUAAGGGCAGGAAUUGAAAUUGAUGAUGAGGAACUCGCUCGUUUUGUUGAGCGUGUUGAUAAGGAUAAUAAUGGUGUCAUAACAUUUGAAGAAUGGAGAGAUUUUCUUCUGCUUUUCCCUCAUGAGGCAACCAUCGAGAAUAUUUAUCAUUAUUUUGAAAGGGUAUGCCUUGUUGAUAUUGGGGAGCAGACUGUAAUCCCAGAGGUCAUCAGUAAGCAUGUCCAUUUAAGUAGAUAUUUGAUUGCUGGGGCAGUAGCAGGAGCAACAUCACGUACAGCUACUGCUCCUCUUGAUCGCUUAAAGGUUGUUUUGCAAGUACAAACAAAACAAGCUCGCAUUAUGCCAGCAAUAAGGGAUAUAUUUAGAGAAGGGGGAUUGUUGGGUUUUUUCCGUGGCAAUGGUUUAAAUGUCUUGAAAGUGGCUCCUGAAAGUGCCAUCAGGUUCUACACUUAUGAAAUGCUGAAAAAUUUUAUUGUCCAUGCUAAUGGUGAAGAAGAUCAGGCUAAUAUUGGCACUGCAACUCGCCUUGUUUCUGGUGGCUUGGCAGGUGCUGUGGCACAAACUGUUAUUUAUCCCAUGGAUCUUGUUAAAACACGAAUCCAAACUUAUGCUGGCGAAGGUGGAAGAAUUCCAAGUCUUGGAACUCUGUCUAGAGAAAUAUGGGUUCAGGAGGGAUCCCGGGCAUUUUAUAGGGGCCUUGUUCCAUCUCUACUUGGGAUUGUCCCUUAUGCUGGCAUUGAUCUUGCUGCUUAUGAAACCUUGAAAGAUAUGUCCAAGAAAUAUGUUCUGCAUGACGGGGAACCUGGUCCUCUUGUGCAAUUGGGAUGUGGGACUGUAUCAGGAGCUCUUGGUGCAACAUGUGUGUACCCAUUGCAGGUUGUCAGGACAAGAAUGCAAGCUCACACUGCAUAUAAAGGAAUGGGUGAUGUAUUCAGGAGAACCUUCCAACAUGAAGGGCUAAGGGGAUUCUUCAAAGGAAUAUUUCCAAAUCUCCUUAAAGUAGUUCCAUCUGCAAGCUGGGAAACUGCCAUCUCAUUCUUGCUUGAGUUGAGUGGCAGCUGGAUGCCUUGCCUUGGUUAA